GCAUUCCGAUAAAAGCGAUCCGGCGCUAGGCGCGAGGUGUCCUGCUAGAGCGUGAUCGCGCACACACACUAUCGUCUCCCACACACACACACAGUCGCACGCACACACACACACGCGUGCGCGCACAUUCAAUUGACAGACCGGGACGCACGCAUGUGUAAUAGUGAUGAUGAUGAUCGUUAGUAGUCGAUGUGCUCCGAUCAGCACCUUGGAGAGCGGCGCAUAUUGAGCACAGCAUCGCAGCCGCUUCGCCCUCGGCGCGUGCUUUGGUUGUUGUUGUUGUUGUUCUCUUGUUGGUCCGAGGCGCUGCAAACACGGACGGUGGCGGUCCGUGGAGUGGACAGAGAGCAGCGCGGGCAAGGAUCAGACUCCAAAGGAGCCAAGGUGGAGUGAGUGGCUGCGACGAGAGGAGAGGGAGCCGCGGCACAGAGACGGGACACGUCGCAAGGCAGGCGGCGAGAGGCGCGACGGCACGGAGAGGGGAGGAGGUCGGAGGCGAAUCGGAAGACGCAGAGAGCCGAGAGGAGAAGGGAAACGCAGGCAGAAUUCUGCGAAAGAAUCUGCCCGCACUCAAGGAUUGAGCUCCAGUUUCAUCCAACACUUGUUUCGCAAUUAGCGCAGCGGCAGCGGCAGCCCUCUGCUCUUCUCACUUUCUAAGCUGCAAUCGAGAGUCGCUCGCCGAACACACAAAGAGAGAGAGAGAGAUGGGACACUAGUGUAGCAAAGCACAUCGCCUUGCUCUCCUUCCUGCAGGAGGAGAUCUCGCUCUCUCGCUCUCUCGUCCGCACGGGGUCUGUGCGCCGACCACGACUCCAAGCCGCGCUCGCAUUCAAGUCUCGCCUCGCCCCGCGCGUGUCACGGGUCCAUUCUGGUUACUGCUGCUGCCGCUGCUGCCGCUGCUCCUGGCGCUCGCUGCUAGCGCCAUGCUCUGUGGAGAGCGCGGGGCCCCGUGGGCGGGCGCCGGCCUCUUGUACGUCGCCUCGCUGAGUCUCCUCGCGGUCGCCGUCCUUUGCCAAGGGGCGCUCGCUCACGGCGGCGGCGGCGGCGGCGGAGGAGUGACGGCCCAUCAACAGCGGCACGUCCGGGCAGUUCCGGACACGUGCGAGGUCAUCGCGGCUCGACGCUGCUGCAACAAGAACAAGAUCGAGGAGCGAUCGCAGACCGUCAAGUGCUCCUGCCUGCCGGGCAAGGUGGCCGGCACCACGCGCGCUCAUCCCUCCUGCGUGGACGCGUCGAUAGUCGUGGGCAAGUGGUGGUGCGAGAUGGAUCCGUGUUUGGAAGGCGAGGAGUGCAAGACUCUCCCGGACAACUCUGGCUGGAUGUGCAUAGCUGGAAACAAAGUCAAGACGACACGGUUUUCCGGGUCCUGAUCUUUGGAGAAUUAACCACCCUUGUCUGCACGGUGAUCAACAACAACAACAAGAGCAGCAACACAUUGCCGCAGAUGGUAAAAUCAUCACGGGGAAAGAAAAAAAAAUCAAGCACAAUAUACAGCGCGCCAAUUAUAUAAUAACGAUAUAGGAUGUAUAUAACCGCGUGGUGAAAUAAUGAAAUUAGCACUCACUCCGGCAAGGACGACGUCGGCUGUUGACACAUCGAGAGCCGACACAGCAGCAGCAGCAGCAAUAAGUAGCAGAGCAGCAGUAGCAGCAGUAGUCGCGUUCACGUCACGGACAGCAACACAAUUCAGAAGCAGCAGUAACGUCGCAAAUCAGUAACAAGUCAUCGGCAACAUUAGCGCGAGUGGUAGCAUCGAACUUGGCAACAACGACAGCAGCAGAAACAACAUUGACAUGAGCAACAGAAUCAUCAUCAUCAACUACUGUACAUAAGCAGAAGCAGCACCAUCAACAGCAGCAACGGUGAUCAACUAUGUCAGUAGUGACAGCCACAUCAAUGAGCUGCAGCAGCAGCAACAACGUCACAAGCAACAGCGCAAUCAUGAAAAGGGAGCGGCAACUUUGGAAGAGGCAACGUAGGCAUCAUCAGCGUGGCACUGCGAGAGCACGCGGAUUACACAACAACAACAACAACAAAAACAUCGAGGAACCCUUUAAGUCGAUGGGAGGUGGGAAAAAAUGCGAUUAAUUGCGUAAAAUUAAAUCUGCGAGGCCGGGGAGACGGGAGUCUCGUGCCGUCGAUCCCAGGAGAAGCCGUGACACCUGCGCACCCUCAGACGUUCUCUGAGCGCAAGUUUGGUUUUCUCUGUUUCCAGUUUCUCUGCGACAACGGAUUACGGAACGGGGGGGUGGUGGUGGGUGAUGGGUGGUGGGUGGGGAGAGGCGUCGCGGCGAGGGUGGGAGGGGAGGGCAACGUCUCUCCCAGUCCACCGACAAGAUCACCGGGUGUCCUAAAACUCAACCGAGCUGCGGGCGUUUGGUGCGACCCGAAGCCUGGGCAGGACUUGCCUCUCUCCCUGCCCGCCGCCGCCCGACCCCGGGGUCCUCUACCCGAAACUCUGCGCGGUUUGAGCAGCAAAACGGUCCGCGAGUUUGUCUUGGUUGCGUUACACAUUCCGUUUUAGUGUGCGAGUACAAUUUAACCGGUUUUAUAUCCCGACAAAAUGGAAGGGGACAGGCGGCGGGAUGCUUGUGAACGAAAACUCACCAACCUCCCCCCCCCACCCUCACCCCCCCUUGCUGCGUAUUCUCAACAACAACAACAAACAACAACAACAACAACAUCUCUUCUCGUUUAAAUAUUGUUAUAAUUGGGGUGACAAUUUCCCUCUUGAUUUAUUCCCAUCGGUGUAAAUAUCUGCAAAGAGGAAGACUGAGCAAACCCCUUUAAGAUGAAGUUACGAGGCAUACAUAUUUCUGUUUUCUGUUUAACUCUCCGUAGCCUGUAUACGACACGCGUAGGGUGAAGAGUGAUUUCGUGCAAAUGACAUCAGUCUUUAGAGGGGUAUUUUUUUUUGUUGGAUUGUUUAUUUUUAAAUAUGCGCCAACUUGUUCCAAAAUGAGCGAAGCGAAAACGGGGUUGAAUGUUUUACAAAUGUGUGGAUGAUGUGAGUUGUAUAAAAAAAACAAGCAAGGCUUUCAAAGCUAAUGCCGUCGUUAUUUUUGCCGACAUUUUUUUUUUGGUUUCACCUUUUUUCAUUUUCCCCUUCAUUUAAAAUUGCGCAGAUGUUAAAUUCGCUUUUCAAAAAAAAGUAUCACUUGGUGAUCGCCGAAUCGUUUAAAAUUCACUGAAGAUGCGAUCACAGCAAAGAACAGCAACUGAAAAUGACAAAGAGUUUCAAGCACAUUGUUCGAUAAAAAAGAAUGUAUAUUAUUUUAUCGUCAUUGAUUUAUUUCUGUUGCUUUAAAUGUGCUUUUCAAGACCGCCGUAACCUUCAGAGUAUGACUGUAAUGUCAAAUGAGAGUUUUUCAGGCUGUGUGGUGACUCAAAUGAACGUAUUGUUACACACUUCCACAGGAGUCUCAUUAACCAUGCCCAGCUUCUGUGUAAAGCCCUCUCUCAAUGACCAAAGUAGCUCGAGUUUUGCUAUGUUCUUUUGGAAAUUUAAGACAAAAAGGAGAGUCCGUUUCAUGCUUAGACAGAAGGGAAAUUCGAACUAAUAAUUUGGAAAGAAAAAAAAGUUCAAAUUGCUGAUACUUUUUUUUUUUUACAGAUUCUACAAAUUUUUCACCGAUUUUGGUGGAUCAACGUGUUUUGGUGAACACAUUACACCGACAGACAGGCUCUCGAUGAAAGAAAACUGCUCGCUUGCAAUGCAUUUGCUUAAUGCUUAUGGAGUGUGUGUGUGUCGACAUUUGUGCGAAUCAUUCGCAGUGCUGCAUCAUUUAAAACUACGCGUGCAAAUUACGCCACGGGAAAACAAUACCUUUACCUACUAGCGACGAAUAAGCAUUAGGAGGUCUAAAUAAUCUUUAAUUAGUAACAAGUAAAAGCGGGUAUUUGGCCUACUCUUCCACGCUGGUCAGACAUCUCGGAAGGAAGUGCGAAUUACUCGCACUCUACCGCACACCGCAGACGACGCUGCCGAUUGGCUAACUGUGGUGUCACCUAUUUUCCGCCCCUCCGAUUAGCACGCUUGGCUACGUACGGUGCGAAAGAAGUUUG